AUGGCCCAAAAAGCGUCCAAAACCCUGGCAGCCCGGAACACCUCCGUCCUGCUCCGCACACACCUAAUAACCCUCGCCCUCCACGCCCUGCACCUAACCCUCCAUUUCACCUUCAACCGCCCGCGCGCCCUAAAGCCGUACUACCUGCUGGCGCUUCCAACGCUAGUCAUCGAAUUUUACCUAGACCGGAUCGGCCGCCCAACCUACUCCGCCGAUGGCGCCCUGCGCUCCCCCGGUGAGGAUCUCGGAGCUGCCGGGCUGACGGAGUUCAUGUGGGACAUCUUGUACUGGACGUGGGGAUGUAUCGGGGCGACUUGUGUCUUUGGGGGUCGGGCUUGGUGGUUGUGGAUUGUUGUUCCGCUGUAUUCGGUCUAUUUGGCGUAUUCGACUUUUACUGGGAUGAAGAGUGGGCUUUCUGGGUUUGGUGGUGGUGGUGGUGCUGGGGGAGAUGGGGAGGGAGCGGGGACGGGGGCGGAGAGCAAGAGGCAGAGAAAAAUGGAGAAGAGGGGUGGGCAGAGGAUGCAGUAUCGGUAA